AUGGAUCAGGGGAACGCGCAGAACAACACCGGCAGCCACAAACAGAAAGGGAAACGAGAGCGUCGUCGCCGUAAGAAGCUCGCUAAGGACGCGAGUAUGUGUCAGACAAAGGCCAAGCUUGCCAUCAAACAUCUUCCAACGUCGAUUGCUACUACUCUCUCAGUAGACCAGUUACAUAUCGCCCAGGGAGCUUAUGUUGGGAAGCGUGUUCAAGCUAACAAUAAAGGCGCUCAGGAGCUUGACAGCCUGCUCCAGAAGGGAUUUAAACUCGUGAAAUGGGAUGGAUGCACACCUCAUGUUUUGUUGGACAACGGCAAACGCAUCAUCGGCGUAUUGGCAGGACGGCCUAAAGAUGAUUCUUGGAAAGAUACUGCAGAGGCAGCCUGCGACGCAAUGGAGGAGGCAAGAGGACGGUGCGUCUUCAGAGAUGUUGACAAGGAACACCGGAGAGGACGCUAUCCAUGCCUUGCAGUGGGAGUUUCAUAUGGUGGCGGACAACAGAUUCCAGGAAACCUUUUACAUUCCAAGAGCAACCGAACGGCCGUCCAAUCCCUCCUCGGAAACAAGGCCAUCCAAAGACUUGCCGGAUUUGGAAGCAGUAUAUUGCACCACUACUCGCCAAAAGUACACCAGCUGUAUGUCAACGCCAGAACUUCUCUUUUGGAAAAGCAUCCCAGUUUGAAAUGGAACUUUCGAAACAGUGCGUUCGCCGCAGCAACGUUCAACUUCGGCCCUGCCACAGUGACCUAUGGCCACACGGACAAUGGAAAUUUCGCCAGUGGUAUGUGCAGCAUCACUGCUCUAGGAAACUAUGACCCAACCCAGGGUGGACAUUUGGUUCUUUUUGACCUAGGGCUGGUCAUUGAGUUUCCCCCUGGUUCAACCAUCCUCAUACCUUCAGCAAUUCUACGACAUGGCAAUGUGUCGAUCUCAUCCAGGGAAAAACGCCUUUCCUUCACUCAAUAUUUUGCGGGAGGAUUGAUAAGGUGGGUUAGAUAUGGCUUCCGGACUGCAGAUGAUUUGAGGAAAGAAAGUCCUGAAGACUGGCAGGCAGCAAAAGCCGAACGUGAAAUUCGGGUUCAGGAGGCAGCAUUAUAUUUCUCCACUUUGUAG